GUACGACAUGUUAUACUUGAAAAGCAGGCCCGAAUCAUCCUCCAUACAUACGUAACGAUAUAAGGACAUUUUGAUCAACCAGACAACAUGUCUGUAAUUUCAAGAUUGGAUGGAAAAGUCGCACUGAUUACAGGGGCCAGUUCUGGUAUUGGGGCUGGGACAGCCAUUUUGUUUUGUAAACUUGGUGCAGAGGUAGCGAUCACAGGCAGAAAUGUUGAAAAUUUGGCCAAAACAGCUGCCGAGUGUGAAAAGGGAAAUGGAAAGAAGCCGUUUACUCUUUGCGGUGAUUUGACCAAGGAAGAUUUUGUAAAGCGACUUGUGGAAGACACACUAAAGUAUUACGGAAAACUUGACAUACUGGUCAAUAAUGCCGGACUGUUAAGAUUCGGAGGCAUUGAGACAUCAACGCUGGAGGAAUAUGAUGAAGUCAUGAACAUUAACGUCAGGGCUAGUUACCAUAUGACUAUGCUUGCAGUUCCUCAUCUCAUCAAAACAAAGGGAAGCAUUGUAAAUGUUUCUAGUGUCACCGGCGUUAGAUCCUUUGGUGGAGUUUUGCCAUAUUGUGUGUCCAAGAGUGCCUUAGAUCAGUUUACUAGGUGUAUUGCAAUAGAGUUGGCUCCAAAGCAGGUCAGGGUAAACAGUGUAAACCCUGGUGAGACUGUCACUAAUGUUUUCAAGGCGAGUGGUAUGGAUGAAGACGCCUGUCAGAAGUUUUUAGAGCACUCCAAAUUAAUAAACCCCCUAGGACGUGCCGGGCAGGUGGAGGAUGUAGCUACUGCGAUUGCUUUCCUGGCAUCUGACAGAGCUUCCUUUAUCACGGGUGUGCAAUUACCAAUUGAUGGUGGAAGACACAUCCUUUGUCCGCGAUAGGUGUAAAUAUACCUCGACUCUAAUCGUAAAUUAUAUCAUCGAGACCAAAUAAAUGUAAACUUCAUUCUUUUUCCCAAGACAUGAUUCUUUGAUAAAAUUUCUCUUUGAGAAGUGAACCUUUCUACAUCUACAUAUAACGUUUUUGUAGGGUUUACUUAGGCUCAAUAUCGUUUAAUAUAUCUACAUAAUUCUGAAAAAAUGCUUAUGAAUCUAUAAUCAAUAAUUUGCUUUGAUAUCCAACGUUAGCAAAUAUUUUGUCAACUAUCAGUGUUUGUAAACUAGAAAAUUACUCCACGCCUAUUAGUAAAACAUUCUUUAAGUUCUGUUGUGAAACAAAUUCAGUUCAAUCGUUUGAUAGGAUUUAUCUUUACAUUUACUUGUGAUUAUACGUGAUAAAGAAUAAAAAGUAAUUCAUGAA